CUGCCCCUUAUCUUAAGAGCUGCAAUUAUGCAAAUCUCUCUUCCAGAACCGAGCUAGGGUUUCGCCUCCCCGACCCUCCCGCCUCCUCCCGGGCACCGCGCAACCGCAGCAGCGCCCUCGCCGUCCUCGCCGCCGCCGUCAUGGGGACGGAGCGGAAGCGAAAGGUGAGCCUCUUCGACGUGGUCAACGAGACCUCCGUCUCCGCCAAGCUCGGCCGCGCUGCCACCAACGGUGCCGCGGCUGCGGCGGCGGCCAACCCGUCCAUCAACCGGUGGAACUUGCGACCCUACUCGGCGCGGUACUAUGAGAUCCUCGAGAAGCGCCGCACGCUCCCCGUGUGGCAGCAGAAAGACGAGUUCCUCCGCGCCCUCCGCGACAACCAGACCCUCAUCCUCGUCGGCGAAACGGGAAGUGGAAAGACCACACAGAUCCCCCAAUUUGUGCUCGAGGCUGAGAACUUGGGGAACCGUUCUAUGGUUGCCUGCACACAGCCACGGAGGGUCGCAGCAAUGUCAGUCUCCAGGCGUGUUGCAGAGGAGAUGGAUGUUACUAUUGGGGAGGAAGUGGGUUACAGUAUCCGUUUCGAGGAUUGCAGCAGCUCCAAAACUGCUCUCAAAUAUUUGACAGAUGGUAUGCUUCUGAGAGAAGCAAUGGCAGACCCACUUUUAGAGAAGUACAAGGUGAUUGUUCUUGAUGAAGCUCAUGAGAGAACAUUGGCAACAGAUGUUUUGUUUGGGCUUCUGAAGGAGGUUCUAAAGAAUAGACCUGAUUUGAAGCUUGUUGUUAUGAGUGCUACCCUUGAAGCAGAAAAAUUUCAGGGUUACUUCAGUAGUGCACCUUUGAUGAAGGUACCUGGGAGACUUCAUCCAGUGGAGAUCUUCUAUACACAAGAACCAGAAAGGGACUAUCUAGAGGCUGCUAUCAGGACAGUUGUGCAAAUUCAUAUGUGCGAACCCGCUGGCGAUAUCCUUGUCUUCCUUACUGGAGAAGAGGAGAUUGAGGACGCUUGUCGGAAAAUUAACAAGGAAGUUAGUAACAUGGGAGAUCAGGUUGGCCCAGUUAAAGUUGUGCCUUUGUAUUCUACACUUCCCCCGGCAAUGCAGCAGAAGAUUUUUGAACCUGCUCCUGCCCUACUGAGAGAAGGAGGUCCUCCUGGAAGGAAAAUUGUUGUGUCCACAAACAUUGCUGAGACCUCCUUAACCAUAGAUGGUAUAGUUUAUGUAAUAGACCCAGGGUUUUCCAAACAGAAAGUUUACAAUCCAAGGAUAAGGGUGGAAUCCCUCCUGGUGUCACCAAUUUCCAAGGCAAGCGCCCAUCAGAGAGCUGGUCGUGCCGGAAGAACGCAACCUGGGAAGUGCUUCAGGUUAUACACAGAGAAGAGUUUUAACGAGGAUUUGCAACCACAGACCUACCCAGAAAUUCUUCGGUCGAACCUGGCAAAUACUGUUCUUACCUUGAAGAAGCUUGGAAUUGAUGACUUAGUGCAUUUUGACUUUAUGGACCCUCCAGCACCGGAAACUCUAAUGAGGGCCUUAGAAGUUUUGAACUACUUGGGGGCACUCGAUGAUGAAGGUAAUCUAACACAAUUAGGUGAGAUGAUGAGUGAGUUUCCCCUGGAUCCACAAAUGUCGAAGAUGCUUGUCAUCAGUCCAAAGUACAACUGUUCAAAUGAGAUCCUAUCGAUAUCUGCUAUGCUGUCAGUACCCAAUUGUUUCCUCCGGCCUAGGGAGGCUCAAAAGGCUGCUGAUGAGGCGAAGGCUCGAUUUGGCCACAUUGAUGGGGACCAUCUGACGCUUUUGAACGUAUACCAUGCAUACAAGCAAAACAAUGAAGAUCCCCAGUGGUGUUACGAGAACUUUGUCAAUGCUAGAGCACUUAAGUCUGCAGACAAUGUUAGACAACAGCUUGUUCGCAUCAUGACUAGAUUCAACCUCAAGAUGUGCAGCGCAGAGUUCAAUAGUCAUGAGUACUAUGUCAAUAUCAGGAAAGCAAUGCUUGCAGGGUAUUUCAUGCAGGUUGCUCACCUGGAGCGAACUGGACAUUACCUGACAGUAAAAGAUAACCAGGUUGUCCAUCUUCACCCCUCAAACUGUAUGGACCAUAAGCCGGAGUGGGUCAUCUACAAUGAAUAUGUCUUGACCACCAGGAAUUUCAUCCGAACAGUCACUGAUAUCCGUGGGGAAUGGCUGAUUGAUAUAGCUCCACACUACUAUGAUCUGAGCAAUUUCCCAUCAUGCGAGGCGAAGCGUGUUCUCGAGAGGCUGUACAACAAGAAGGAGAGGGAAAGAACGGCAAAUAGAAGCUGAAGUUGAUGCUUUUUUUUGCCUGUUUCAUCAUAAUUGCGCUGAGGAUGUAGCAGAAGCUUUCUACUCCAGAGAGCUUUGGUCGUCACUGAUACGUGUUGCCCUCUGCCAUAGGCAACAUAAUUAUGUCUCUCCUAGAAGUUGGUUAGCGACCUAGGUCUGCAUGAUGUCUGCCGCAGCCUUUCAUAUUUCAUCAGCGUGGUGAUCAUUAUGUAGAAGAACAUUUCUCAAAUGUUGAUGAUGCUACUGUGUAACAGCCUUGGGCUUAUAUUUGUUUUUCGUGCUUUUAGGUGGUAUAGGCUGUGAUGCAAAUUAAUUGUGUACCAGUCUCUGUAUUUCAGAAGGAUCAGACAUUUUUGUUUGCAUAUUUGUUCGUUUUCCA